ACAGAAUCCAAAAGGAAGUAUAACAAGACUAACGUGCACUCAAACACGUGAAAAUUACAGGUAAAUAUGCAUGAAAACUCUCUUGAAAACGACGAAAAUGAUGUGCAAGAUCAUAAAGUAAAACUGAGAAAUGAGACAAUCGUUGCAUUGGAGAAAUUAAAAUCUGAAAUAAUGAGAAACGACACAGAACCUUUGUUAACAUUAUUCACAACAUGGAAUAAUAGUCCAGUCAAAAAUGCAGUUCAUAACAUCACUCUAAGAAACUGGAUGACACUGCGUCCGUAUGUGGUGCCGGUUAUUUUCUUAUAUGAUAAUUUGACGAAGCAAGCUGGAGGCGGGAUUCCUAUUUUGAAGUAUAUGUACAUAGAUGUCAUGCGAUUGUUUAAAUCAACAUUCUAUGCAUACAGUAAUGCUGAUAUAUUGUUUACCGACACUCUGAUUUAUACAUUAUUUUCUCUUAAAGAAUAUAUGAAACACAUAAGCAUGCCCAUUCUUGUUGUAGGCAAAAGACAUAACGUCAAUUUCCUAACUAUGUCAGAAGGGUUAUCUUGGAAAAGUAUAACGCAAGUAGCUCAAAUGCGCGGUAAACUUUUCAAUGGUUUUGCAGAAGAUUACUUUAUAACAACUCCUGAAUAUCCUUGGAGAGAUAUAGCAGAGGUCGUCAUUGGACGGCCGGCCUAUGACAACUGGCUAGUAUAUCGGUCAAGAAAAUUACAAGUUAAUGUAAUUGACAGCACAAAUACAAUUCUCGCUGUACAUCAAACUACAGGUUCUGGUAACUACGAGGGGCAUAAACAAACCAAUUCAAAUUAUAAUCAUAAUUUACUUGUAAAAUUAUAUAAAUUUAUAAAAUAUAAAACUGGAUUUAUCGAAUGUAUUGAAAAAUAUACAGACUAUAAAAAUGAAAUACUUCUUGUAAAAACGAGGAUUGUGGAGAAACAGUGCACGGUAUGAUCCAUGAAGGGUAUAUAGUUUUCUUCAGUAUCCUUAUUUUUGGAUAUGUUUCCAGCUUAAUUCCAUGUUGUUGCUAGACUUGAUUAAUGUCUGGUGCAACGACACCAACCCUAAGCGGUCUUGACAAUAUGUAUAAAGUAACAAUUAUUGCAUACUUUAAAUAAACUUGUAUUAAAUGCAUUAUCAUGUAUUGCGCUUUAUGCCUUUGUUCAGUCUUAUUAUUAUUUUUUCAUGUAUGGCUGAAUGAGACUAUUUUGUACUCCUUUACAUGGAUUUAAAUAGUAUUUGACACUGUAUUUGAAAUAUUCAUAUUACAAAUUAAAUAUUUUGUGUGAUCAGUAUCAAGCAUUUCCUACUAUAUCACAUUUUUUUCUUUCUCUUUUUUUUCUUUUUUAAUAAUUUUAAUUUAACCGAAUCAUUUUCAUACUAGUUUGUACAU